AUGCGUCGUCAUGUGAAAACUGACAACUCCACUGAGGAAGCUUUAUCCAGAAGCUUCAACAUGGUGUUGAAGUAUCUUCUCUGCCUGUUCUUUCUUGAAGCGCAUGUGGAGACUUCAGAUGCUACAACUGCCAGUGAUGCAACAUCUGUUUCUCUAACAGAAAUGGCAACGCGUGAUCAAAGCGAAAAAGAGAACAUUGCACCUUCCACAUCUGCGGCAUUUACUACGGAGUCGAUGAUGUCCGACACAACGACAGUAACGACAAAUACUGAGACAUUUCGUGGAACAACUACAUGGAAUGUAACAUCGCUUCCUGUAACAAUAAGUAGAGCAAGUACGUCAACGGAAGAAGUCACUUCACCACUUCUCUUAUCAGACAAAGUGACUACUGAAUCAACAACAAUGUCUAAAAUAAAAACUACUGAAAACGACAUUAUCCCACCUGUCACGACGCGAUCUUUCAGCACUCAUUCAUUUCUAGAGAGUAGUUUAUCUUCUACUACGCCCAACCUUAUAAUCAAAACAACUACUGGCACUACAACUCCACCUCCCUCAACUGAGAAAGCUACAACCAAAUCAACGAUCGAAGACACUACGUUUCCAAAAACUACUCCAAAUUUCUAUGUCAGUUCAGUGAUGACUACGAAAAGUACAACUAAGUUGCCGACCACAACAACUGCCCCUAAAACAACGCACAGACCUUGUCCACAGCCCAAUCUUUUCACUCACGGCUCAUAUGAAAUUGUCUAUGAAUCAUCUCCUUUGAUUUGUCCAGUGAUUGAUAUUAAUGCUGGUUCUUCUCAACUCAACUGUUUCAGAAUAUACAGUAAUGGAUACGUCAAAGAAGGCAGUUUCGCAUUCUACUAUGAACCACAUCGCAAUUAUUUUUCAAAAUGGGGAUCCUGGAUAUUGGCACCAUAUAUGGCAGACCUGGCUACAGGACCAAAUUCAAUGAUAAAAUAUUCUGUCUAUUCCAAAUACACAUAUAAUGGAGAAGCAGGCACCAGCGUUUUGAACAAACUGGGAGAGAUUGAUGAGCAUAUGAAGACAACGUUAACAGAUUUUCAAUCUGUGUGGGCAAUUGUAAUCACAUGGGAGAAUGUCCGUCCAAGGUCAUUGGAAGGUGAAACCUGGGAAAAUUAUCCUGGAGUAACGUUCCAAAUGGUUAUAGUGACAAACGGAAAACGUACAUAUCUACUUUACUUAUAUAAACCAUGUGGAAUGGAUAUGGGUGUGGAUGUAAAGGCUAUUAUGGGAUACGCAGGUGGUGGCAAAUAUUAUAUCCACAAAGAUUCUAUGAAAAUAAACAGUCUGGUAAAUAUAGACCUUAACAGCAACACAGGUGUUCAAGGUGAAUGGAUGUUUGACAUAAGUGGCUGGUACCAAGCGACUAAAAAACUAAAAUGUCUUAAAUGUGUUGAUCUCUGUUGGUUGUAUCUCCAGAAGCGACCAAUAGACUUUUGUGAAGGUUACAGAUUUCCUUUUAUUGCAUUUACCUUUGGUGAUCCACAUAUUCAAACAUUUGAUGGCUUUACGUACUCAUUCAAUGGCUUGGGUGAAUACGUCUACUUGGAUGUUUAUAAUCGGACAACUAAGGUUAAAUUAAUUGAAGUCCAAGCAAGAACACAGUUAGCUACCAAUGUCAAUGGCACCAAAGUAAAUGCUACCAUUUUCUCAGCAUUUGCGAUGAAAAACUUUGAGACGAACACAACAGCACAGGUUGAAAUGUCAGACAGCAAAAAAGACUUGAUUAUAAAUCUGGAUAACCAAGACCUUACUUUGGAUUUCCAAAAGUCUUUGACCUUCAAAAAGAUUGGUAAAAUCAGUGUUUUCAGAAAAUCGAAUGCAUCCGAAGACCCAAAAGCUUCUUUUACCUUCAGUUCAGGGAUCGACAUUACUGUGUCAGUAAGCACUGGAAUGCUAAGCGUCAGCUUUUCUAUUCCUGAAGAUUUGCAAAAGGAUAUUCAGACCCGUGGAUUACAAGGAGACAUCGACGGUGAUCCAAAUAACGACCUACGAACACCAAAUGGGACGGUUUUAUCAGUUAAUUCCACCGAAGAAGAAAUAUUUGACAACUUCGGCCAGCUAUGGUUAAUAAAUCAGUCGUUAUUCACUUAUCCAGCCGGUCAGACGAAAGAUAACUAUAUCGACAAGUCUUUCCGACCACUGUUUUUGGACAAAACAACUGCAAAAUACAAAGAGGCAGUAAAAGUGUGUGAUGGCGAAAAAAAUAUUGCGUGUAUUUAUGAUUUCAUCGCAACAGAAAACAAAGCCCUUGCUCAAAAAACUCAAGCGGACGCUAAAACAGCAACAGAGGAGCUGGCACAAUCAAAAAAUAGGGCACCUGUAAUUAAUGGAGAAAAGGUACUGGAAAUUACCGUGAACAAGACGAAGAAAUGGGAAAUCCACGUCACAGACAAGGACAACGACACGGUGAGAAUUCAAAUUCAGGACGGCAAAGAAUACAUCAAUGUGAUAAACAACGGUUACAAUUUCACCUUAAACAUUUUGAUUCCUCAGCUGACACCCGUAAAUAUCAGUAUUAUUGCGAUUGAUGAAAAAAAUCAGACCUCAGGAGGAUUUACAUUGAAGAUUGUACUUUGUAGUGGUUGUUCUGGGAAUGGGCAAUGCUCAAAAGAUAAUUCUGAGAUAGAUCAGCAAUUCUAUGAACAACUUCGAUGUACUUGCGAUAAAGGAUAUGAAGGGAAAAACUGCGAAACAGAUUACGAUGGUUGUGCUGAGAAUCCAUGCGUAGAAGCAAAAUACUGUCAAGAUUUGUCACCGGAAGUAGAACAAGCAACAAACAGGACAUUCAACUGCUCUUGUCCCCCUGGCUAUUUAUUGCAGAAAGAUAAUCGUUGUUUAGAUAAAGACGAGUGUAAAAGCAACGCAACCAACGAAUGUGAAUCCUUCUGUAACAACACAGAAGGAAGUUAUUUUUGCUCAUGUGCGAAGGGAUAUGAACUGAAGAAUAAAACAAAGUGUGUCAACAACAUUUCUACAACUUGUACCAAGAAUUGUAGUAAUGCUGAUGGAUGUGAAAUAGACAAAUGUUUCUGUAAUAAGGGCUUUGAGCUCAAUAAUACAGACUUCUGUGUCGAUAUAAAUGAAUGUAAUCCAAAUCCAUGUGAAUAUAAAUGUGAGAAUACAAAGGGCUCCUUUUAUUGCACAUGUCCGAAUGGUAAAAAAGUUAUUGAGAAGAUCAAAUGUGAAGUUUGUGAUGACGACCACUGGGGAAUAAACUGCAGUACACCGUGCGACUGUCAAAACAAUGCUGAAUGUAAUCCAGAAAAAGGUUGUAUCUGCCAAGAUGGUUGGAAAGGAACAAAAUGCUCAGAGGAUAUUAAUGAGUGCGAUAUUGCUAACAACUGCACAAAUAUACAAAAGUGUAUAAAUAAAAAUGGCAGCUAUGAUUGUGAGUGCAUUGCUGGAUAUCAGAAAGAAGGAAAUGGCUGUGUUGAUAUUAAUGAAUGCCAGGAAGGCAAUCCAUGUACAGAUCUGUGUGUGAAUACAAAAGGAUCGUAUGUCUGCAAAUGUCGAAAUGGAUAUUCCAGCCAGAAUGGACAAAACUGUACAGAUAUUGAUGAGUGUCAAGAAAAUUUAAGCGGAUGUGAACAAAUUUGCAAUAACAAUGAAGGUUCAUAUAUAUGUAACUGCUUCGAGGGUUAUAAACUGAAUGAUGAUCGGCAAACCUGCUCAUUGAUACAACAAUCUGAAGCAUGUAAAGCAGCUAAUUGCACCAAAAAUCAGUUUUGUAAAUAUAGCAAUGGCACCGGUCAAUGUCUUUGUAAAAAUGGCUAUGAAUUUGACAACACGACAAAAACUUGUACAUGGAUCGAUUUGUGUAAAAGCAACCCUUAUCUUGUAACUAAAAUUGUCUCUAUCAAUAUCUUGCAGCUGACAGAAGAAUUUAAGAGCGUACCUGGAUUUAUUGAAGUUAUUAUCAAUAAAAUAAGUGCUGGAUCUGUGUUGGUGGACUACAGUAUUAUUACAAAGGAAAAUUCACUUUCGUCUUUGAAUGAAAAAUUAGAUAUCAUCAAGAACAAUGGAUUAAAAGUUUUCAACGAAACUGUGAAUGUCUUGUCAACCAAAUCGUUUGUGUGCACUAAAGGCUACAACACCUACCUGGCAAUUGGUUUGGGAAUUGGAAUUCCCUUACUUGUUAUCAUAAUCCUUAUUCUUGUGAAAUUCAUCUGGUUUAGACGGAAGAAUUCCUUUGCUGUCCAAACACUCAACAACUCAGACAUAUACAACACACAGGAAUCCUUUGGGUCUCUGUCAGUUUUCCAUGGCAAACGCUUACGGAUUAACGAUGAUUUCACAGGUGAUCUACGCACGAACGCUUGGGAAGAUAAUACAUAUGAUUCCGCUACUCCCGGAUACUAUCUAAGUACGAUGCUCGAAAGACAAGGCAGUUUCAGAAUCAACCGACCAAAACUAUAUUAA